GGAAAACAAUUGAGGUCGUUGCCAUAGCGAUCGUUCACUUUUUCAACAACUUAGCUUCAUCAGCUAGCUAGCUAUUUGGUUAAAAAAACACUAGCACAAUACCGGACGUGUGUUUAGGUGUUUAUCAUAGUAGCGGGCUUUCUCGUGAUAAUGGAAUCUAAACCUCGUGUUUUAGGAACCACAUCCAAGAUGAUUCCUCUUGCCCUUCCUAAAGGAACAGACAAGUUAUGUGAACUUUGUCAAAGAGAAGCGCGCCUGCCAUGUACUAAGUGUUGGGUCACCUUUUACUGUGAUGAAGAGCACCAGCAGGCUGACUGGGUGGGGAUCCAUGAGAGGAUCUGUCAGUUGCUUGUUCCCAUUCGCACCCCAACACUCUAUAGUCUCCAGCAGGAUGGCCACAUUGAAAUGCAGCUUAAAAAGGCGGAACUUAUUGAAAUUUGCCGGUUGGUGGCUCAGAGCAAGCUGUUUGAGGGGAAACACGAGGAGGCUCUGCCUGCCGCCCAGUUCUGCCUGCGCUGCUCCAUAGACCUCCAUGGCCCCACUACUGUCCACAUGGUUCCUGCCUACCUGCUGCUGGCUGAGGCUAACAUGGGUUUGGGUAAUUUAGCCCGGGUGACAGAGCUCCUGUCCCAGGCAGAGUGGGCGGUGUUGAAGAGCCCAGAAUGUGGUCACGCAGUCCGCCACCGGCUGCACCGGAGCCUUGGCCGCCUCCACACAGCGACUGGAAACCUGGAAGCAGCACUGCUUAACUUUGCAGAUGAUAUAUACUUUGCCAGUGAGGAGUAUGGUCUGGAUAGCACAGUUACCUGUGGUGGCUACUUUCUCAUGGCUGAUGUGUUUACCAAGCAGGGCAAGAUGCCCAUUGCUCGUUCCUUGUACUCUCAGGUGGAAAGUACUUGGCACUGCCAUCUGACCAAACUCUUCAAGACCCACGUCCAAAAUGUCCAAAAUCCUGACAUGUUGGAGUCCUCUUAUGAUAAAGCCCAGCUGGUUGAAGUGGACAAGAUGUUAAAAACCAUGUUGGAGUUUGAGCAAAAUGACUCCAGAAAAGACCCAACUCGGGUUGCACUGAUAGCCCACUGCCUGGCAAUGUUGUGGUUCCUGGGAGGAGACUCCCUAAAGGCACUUGGAUUUGGCAGCACUGCCCUGCAGGCCAGCCAGCUGAUACCAAACCAUGACCUGACAGAGCCCAUCCAGGGCCUGCUGCAGCUGGUGCAGAAUCUGCCAACAGAAUCACAUCCUGGUUCUGACUAGUCACCAUACCUGCCCUGACGAUUCCUUAACUUAGAGAUCAGCUCCAUCAAAACAUCUGUUUAGCCCUACACUGAUUCACCCUUGUAAAUGUAGAAACAGCUGAAUCGGUAACAAAUAAAAAGUUUAAGAGUACAGUGCC